AUGGUCGUUCCAGCGCCACCGGUACCAUUGAACGACCAUUGCUCCAUAAUAUACAAUGGCGUUCUCUACACAUACCAAGCAAACGCUUUCCAAUCGCUGGCCCUCCAAGAUGGCGCAACCUGGACACAAUUACCCAUGGGCGUACCCACGAAUGGCUCCACCUGCGUUGAAGGCGCUUACAACGAUGACAACUCGCUUAUUGUUGUAGGCGGCUCCACUUCGACUUCAAACUAUCAAGGCAUACAAUCCUUUUCAUUUUCUACCAAGACAUGGACAUCCCAGUCCCCUCUGGACGCCGUCGCUGCGAAUCGAGUGGACCAUGGCACUACAUACCUACAACAAUCCUCAUCGAUCCUCAUGUACGCUGGUACUCAGAACAAUGACUAUGGGCCUUCAUCACAAACUUUCCUCAUCCAAACAACAUCACCUUACAACGUUCAAGCCUUCAACUCUAUUGCGCCACCAGUCAUCUCACCGCUAGUGCUACCGUUUAAUACUACACAUGCAUUGAUGCUGGGAGGGGAUCCGACGAACACGAAACUCUUCACGUUUGGCCCUGUCGAAGGGUGGCAGCAGCUGGAUGUCAGCUUGCAGAAUGCUUUGAGGGAUUCAUCCAUGGUACAGGCUACGAUAUUAGACGGAAGCGAUGGGAGCAAAGUACUGGAAAUCUUCGAUUUUAGCACAUCGCCAAAUCAGAUCUCAACGCUUCUUCUACAAAAUGCGACGAACACGCCACCAUCUACUAAGAGGUCAUACUCAAGAUCCGCACACCACCCUGCGAAACGACGGAAACGGGAUACGACAUUAGCCGAUAGACCAGCCUACAAUAAUACUCUUGCACCCCAGCAGACUCGAACGGGGUACUCGCUUGCGGAGGAUCCAAAGUCUGGCCUGAUCGUUGCAUCGGGUGGAAACAGCCAAGAUCCAUUGGCGAUAUUUAAUCAAACAGGAAACCAAUGGGUUGAUCCCAACCAGUUCUUUGGUGAUGAACCAGCCCCGAGUUCAACGUCAUCUACUCCUACCACAGCUGCGACAGGCACUAGUGCAAGCGGUACAGCUUCACCGAGCCAACAAGCAGCCAACACGAAUGUACGGAACAAGUCCCUGACUAUUCUUGGGGCUGUUCUAGGCGGCGUGUUUGGGCUUGCAGCUCUUCUAGUAAUCCUUCUACUUCUCUUACGGUACUGUCGGAGGAGAAGAGACAAGAAGCGUGAGCAACAAGCAAACAGCUACGCACUCGAGGAUAAAGCAGAGAUGGACUUUCGUGAUGUCGGAGCACCCUUUAUGAAAGAGGCCGGAGGCAGCUUCGUUGAACCCGAUCACAGGAGGAAUAGGUCUGACAAAUUGGGGGCUAGCGCCAACGCCAAUGUCAAAGCUCAAGAGCGAGGAGGCGCGGCUUCUUCCCAAUCGAAACGUGCACUACUUCAUCACCAAGGUGACAGUGCCGGGAGUGCGCAUUCGUUUUGGAGUCGUAGAUCUCCAGAAAAGUCGCCGCCUACGAUAUCUGCACCCAUCAUGGGCCCUCCAAUUGAGGAAACUCUGAGGACAUCUCCGGAUCCGAGGACCGACCCUCGAACAGACACGGGCUGGAGCAGGUAUUUCAUCAACAAUAACUCCAAGGAUCUCAAUUCUAUGCCGCUGGGGCAUGACCAAGAAACAAGGCCGCAAACCUAUUUCUCGGGUGAGGGUGAAUCGGAAUACGAUUCAUCCAACCCCCACGAGUCGGCUGAAGUCGAACCUCUCAAUAUUCGCGCUUCUCAAAAUCCUUCGCUUUACCCGCCGAACUCUCGCGUCCUGUCUCCCACCGGUUUCCCUCACCCAGUUCAAGGGGUCCCUAUCACGCACGGUACCAGACCGGACCCAAGAGAUGAACCAUCCCCGCCUUCGACCCUCGUCUCUGACAUUGACGAAGAAGAUGAAUACGCAAGUCACUCUCACAGUGAUGGACAGGAAUCUUGGGAUCCAGUAGCUUCCGCAGGCGAGCGAGGAAGUUCCUGGACAGAAGAUCGACCGAUCAGCGACUAUGCCGACAGCAGGAUGAAGGCGGAUAGUAGAGUCCCCGUCGAUAGCAGGGUCAACAGCAGGAUUUAUCCACAUCCUGGCGAGCGGGUGCGAAUACCAAACUUCCCGACCGUGCCCAAUAGCCAGGGACCGUCAGGGGUGAACACUCCCACAUCACCCGUUGAUGAUCCGAAUAGAGGUCUGAGAAACGUUGCGUCUCGCGACUUUGCUCGGACAGCAAGUGGGAGACGGAUUCCUCAUAAUGCCGCCGUGGCUAGUUACAGUGCGACUCAGGUGAGGGAGCGUGCAGUGCCUGAAGAAAGUACCAGCAGGCAGCCGGAGUAUGGCGCAGCUCAAGUGCGGACGUUUCCCCGAAAGAAGGAGGAACUGGGGCCCAGAGGACGAGGAGGCAGGGAGACAGAGGACAUGAGCUGGCUGAACUUGGGCACGAGUGCCGAGCAGAGCAACAAUCACCUUCGUUUUGCGAGUUAA